AUGUCGGACAUAAAAAGUAUGGAGCACCCCACUUUGAAGGUGCCGUACGAGCUGCUGAACAAAAAGUUCCGAUCUACGCAAAAAGUGCUGGAUCGUGAGGUAUCACAUGUGCAGAUAGCUGCUAAUGAAUUGGAGAAAGGAAUUAAUAAUAAUAAUGGGCAUGCAACAACGGGAGAAAUAAGUCGUUUAUUAGGUGGUGUUGUUGCGAAAUUACAAGUAUUGAAGAGAAAGGCUGAAGAAUCUAUUUCUGAAGAGCUCCAAGCUGGUAUGGUUUGCAAGAGACGUUUGGAUCAUUUGAAGGAGCAUGGCAGCUCUUCUCCGAGUGUUGUCAAUCAGUGGCGGAGACAAAGGCUUGAUAGAAUGCUCGUUGAAUAUUUUUUAAGAAAGGGAUAUUAUAAAACUGCUAUGAAGCUUGCUGAUACUACUGAGCUUCGAGAGUUGACAAAUAUUGAUGUAUUUAUGGUGUCCCGAGAAGUGGAAAUAUCUCUGGCAAAUCAUGAAACAGCCAGAUGCUUAGGAUGGUGCCAUGAUAACAGAUCAAAGUUGAGAAAAUUGGGCAGCACAAUGGAGUUUAAUUUACGAGUUCAAGAAUUUAUUGAAUUGGUAAGAGCUGACCGCAGACUAGAUGCUGUCAAGCACGCUCGUAAGUGCUUCGCAAACUAUGACGAGUAUCAGCUCCAAGAGAUCCAGAGUUGUAUGGGCCAGUUGGCCUUCCCUGCGAACCCUUAUCUCAGUCCCUACAAAGAUUUGCUGGACGAAAAACGAUGGGACCGGCUGAUCGAACAAUUUCGACACGAAAAUUACAGAUUGUUCCAGUUGGCGAGUCAGAGUGUCUUUACAGUCGCUCUCCAAGCUGGCUUGUCCGCGUUGAAGACUCUUCAGUGCUAUGGUGCUAACAAAGAAUGUAAAAAUCCUAGCUGUCCCGUUUGCAACGAAAAUCUUAAUGAACUAGCUUCACCUUUACCCUUUGCUCAUUGCUCCCAGUCUAGACUUGUAUGCAGUAUUAGCGGCGAGCCACUUAAUGAAUAUAAUCAACCCAUGAUGAUGCCCAAUGGAUAUGUUUACGGUGAAAAGGUA